AUUUGAGUCCAUUAUAGAAAUCAUUCAUUUUCUUCUACAAAACAUUUCUAUUGAGCAAAAGUGUAUUUAUCAUGACGUGGAAUGUCAUGUUGUGAGCGUGGUAUGUUUAAGUGUCUGUCGCCGUCUUCGUUGCCAUCGUCGUCAUGUGUAGCUAACAUGCUCCGCGAAUAAGUGCGUCCGUAAACACCGCUUACGAUCGCCUCGCCGUUGUACAAUUCAAAGAAAAAGAAAAUCAAAAUGCUGUGAUAUCUCAAACGAAAUGUUCACAAAAAAGUAAUUAAAAAAAAAUACAAAAAUUCAAAGUUAAAUAUACGCGAAAGCUAUUGAAUAGAAAGAAAAUAGUUCGUUCGUUCGUUCGAUCGUCUGCUUUUUCAUGCGCGUGUAAAACAAAACAAGUGAUAUCAAUUGUAAUUUUAAGUAUUUUAUUUUUUAUUUAAUUUACGAAUGUGUUUCAUUAAAUCGACAAAUCACCGCCGCCACUACCACUACCACCAUCACUACCAAUAAUUUUGCCACGAAAUGUCCUUCAACAUCUUCAAACUAAGAGCUAACCAUCAUGUCAAGGCAUUCUCACUCAAAGCGUGUCUAAGUUUAGCAGUAAUUCUAUUAGUUUUGUUGGAUGUCAAUUGUUAUGAAAAAAUUUAUAGUCAAAUUGAAAAACAAAGAUACGAUGGCUGGUAUAAUAAUUUAGCACAUCCCGAUUGGGGUUCUGUAGAUAGCCACUUGGUGCGUAAAGCACCUCCAUCAUAUUCAGAUGGCGUAUAUGCUAUGGCCGGUUCAAAUCGGCCCUCUACGCGCCGCUUAAGUCGUCUAUUUAUGCGUGGGCGUGAUGGCCUGGGCUCCAAGUUCAAUCGCACCGCCUUGCUGGCGUUUUUCGGUCAAGUGGUGGCAAAUGAAAUUGUUAUGGCCUCCGAAUCGGGAUGUCCCAUUGAAAUGCAUCGCAUUGAAAUUGAAAAAUGCGAUGAAAUGUACGACAAGGAAUGUCGGGGCGAUAAGUAUAUACCAUUCCAUAGGGCGGCCUAUGAUCGCAGUACAGGUCAAAGUCCAAAUGCUCCAAGAGAGCAAAUAAAUCAAAUGACUGCCUGGAUAGACGGCAGUUUCAUAUAUAGUACCUCAGAGGCAUGGCUAAAUGCGAUGCGUUCCUUUCACAACGGCACCCUAUUGACAGACAAAAGUGGCAAACUGCCAGUGAGGAAUACCAUGCGAGUACCUUUGUUUAAUAAUCCAGUACCCAGUGUGAUGAAAAUGUUGAGUCCAGAGCGUUUGUUUUUGUUGGGUGAUCCACGUACCAAUCAAAAUCCUGCUGUUCUUGCUUUUGCCAUUCUCUUUGUGCGCUGGCACAACACCUUGGCGCAACGGAUUAAACGCGCCCAUUCUGAUUGGUCUGAUGAGGAGAUCUUCCAAAGAGCCCGUCGGACCGUCAUUGCCAGUUUACAAAAUGUCAUCCUUUAUGAAUAUUUGCCAGCCUUUUUGGCCUCAGAACUGCGACCCUACGAGGGCUACAAUCGGGAUAUUCACCCUGGAAUAGGUCAUAUUUUUCAAGCUGCCGCUUUUCGAUUUGGCCACACUAUGAUACCACCCGGUAUUUAUAGGCGCGACUCCACUUGCAAUUACAAAAAAACCCCAAUGGGAUAUCCAGCCAUACGUUUGUGUUCAACUUGGUGGGAUUCCAGUGAUUUUUUUACCGACACCAGCGUCGAGGAGAUCUUAAUGGGUCUGUCCUCGCAAAUAUCCGAACGUGAAGAUCCGGUCCUGUGCUCUGAUGUGCGCGAUAAACUUUUCGGUCCCAUGGAAUUUACACGGCGUGAUUUGGGAGCUCUCAACAUAAUGCGAGGACGUGAUAAUGGCCUGCCAGACUAUAACAGUGCCCGCGAAGCCUUUGGCCUGCCCAAACGAGCCACAUGGACCGAUAUCAACCCCGAACUCUUUGCCAAACAGCCGGAACUGUUGGAAAUGCUUAUAUCAGCCUACAACAAUCAACUGGACGAUGUUGAUGUGUAUGUGGGUGGCAUGUUGGAGUCCUAUGGACAGCCAGGUGAACUAUUCACUGCCGUUAUCAAGGAGCAAUUUGAACGCUUGCGUGAUUCCGAUCGUUUCUGGUUUGAGAACGACCGCAAUGGAAUAUUUACUAAAGAAGAAAUCGAGGAGAUCCGUAAGAUCACCAUGUACGACAUCAUUGUAAACAGCACAGACAUUGGAGUUGAUGACAUACAGAGAGAUGUUUUCACCUGGCACGAAGGAGAUCCUUGCCCUCAGCCCAUGCAGCUGAAUGCCACUGAACUUGAGCCUUGCACCUAUUUGGAGGGAUUCGACUACUUUUCAGGCUCUGAACUAAUGUUUAUCUAUGUGUGUGUUUUUCUGGGAUUUGUGCCGAUUCUUUGUGCCGGAGCAGGUUACUGUGUUGUCAAGCUACAGAACAGCAAGAGAAGAAAGUUAAAGAUACGCCAAGAAGCCUUAAGGGCUCCACAGCACAAGGGUUCAGUGGACAAGAUGUUGGCUCGCGAGUGGUUGCAUGCCAACCAUAAGCGUUUGGUGACGGUGAAAUUUGGGCCCGAGGCUGCCAUUUACACUGUCGACCGCAAAGGAGAAAAACUGCGAACCUUCAGCUUGAAAUCGGUCGACGUGGUCACUGUGGAAGAAUCAGCCCAUAAUCACAUCAAAAAGAAGCCCUAUAUACUCCUAAGAGUUCCCAAUGACCACGAUUUGGUUUUGGAACUGGAAUCCUAUGGAGCCCGACGAAAGUUCGUCAAGAAGUUGGAAGACUUUUUGAUUUUACAUAAAAAGGAAAUGACCCUCAUGGAGGUUAAUCGCGAUAUAAUGUUGGCCAGUGCCGAAACGCGUGAGCGUAGACAAAAGCGACUGGAAUACUUCUUUCGCGAAGCUUAUGCUUUGACUUUCGGCUUGAGACCCGGAGAAAGGCGGCGAAGAUCGGAUGCUUCCACCGAUGGCGAAGUGAUGACUGUCAUGCGUACCUCACUCUCGAAAGCAGAGUUUGCUGCCGCAUUGGGCAUGAAGCCCAAUGACAUGUUUGUGCGAAAAAUGUUCAAUAUCGUCGAUAAGGAUCAAGAUGGUCGCAUUAGUUUCCAGGAGUUUUUGGAGACUGUGGUUCUUUUCUCGCGCGGCAAGACGGACGAUAAGUUGCGCAUUAUUUUCGACAUGUGCGACAAUGAUCGCAAUGGCGUCAUAGAUAAGGGCGAAUUAAGUGAAAUGAUGCGUUCCUUGGUGGAAAUUGCGAGAACCACCAGUCUAGGCGAUGACCAAGUGACGGAAUUAAUCGAUGGCAUGUUCCAGGAUGUUGGACUGGAACACAAAAAUCAUCUCACCUAUCAGGACUUUAAGCUAAUGAUGAAAGAGUAUAAGGGAGACUUUGUGGCCAUUGGUCUUGAUUGUAAAGGUGCUAAGCAAAACUUUUUGGAUACAUCAACAAAUGUGGCACGCAUGACAUCCUUCAAUAUCGAGCCCAUGCAGGAGAGACCACGCCAUUGGAUGCAAGAGAAAUGGGAUAGCUACAUAACGUUUCUGGAAGAGAAUCGUCAGAAUAUUUUCUAUUUAUUCCUCUUUUAUGUCAUUACAAUUGUGUUGUUUGUAGAACGAUUCAUACAUUACUCCUUUAUGGCUGAACACACUGACCUAAGACAUAUAAUGGGUGUUGGUAUAGCCAUUACCCGUGGUUCUGCUGCCUCAUUAUCGUUCUGCUAUUCACUGCUUCUACUUACAAUGGCCAGAAAUCUCAUCACAAAACUUAAAGAAUUUCCUAUACAACAAUAUAUACCGUUGGACUCACACAUUCAAUUUCACAAGAUUGCUGCCUGUACUGCCCUUUUCUUUUCGGUACUGCACACUGUGGGUCACAUUGUGAAUUUCUAUCACGUCUCAACGCAAUCUCACGAAAAUCUCAAAUGUUUAACAAGAGAGGUUCACUUUGCUUCGGACUAUAAACCAGACAUAACCUUUUGGCUAUUCCAAACUGUAACAGGUACCACCGGUGUAAUGCUUUUCAUUAUAAUGUGCAUUAUAUUUGUGUUUGCCCAUCCAACCAUACGCAAAAAAGCCUACAAAUUCUUUUGGAAUAUGCACACCCUUUACAUAGGCCUAUAUCUGCUGAGUCUUAUUCAUGGUUUGGCGCGGCUAACGGGUCCUCCGAGAUUUUGGAUGUUUUUCCUGGGACCUGGAAUUGUUUACACUUUGGAUAAAAUAGUCUCACUACGCACCAAAUACAUGGCCCUUGAUGUCAUAGAAACGGAACUGUUGCCCUCAGAUGUUAUUAAAAUCAAAUUUUAUCGUCCACCAAAUCUGAAAUAUCUCUCAGGUCAAUGGGUGCGACUAUCGUGUACAGCUUUUCGUCCACACGAAAUGCAUAGUUUUACCUUGACUUCGGCCCCACACGAGAAUUUUCUAAGCUGUCAUAUUAAGGCCCAAGGUCCUUGGACGUGGAAGCUUCGUAACUAUUUUGAUCCAUGCAAUUACAAUGCAGAGGAUCAGCCUAAAAUUCGCAUCGAGGGUCCCUUCGGUGGUGGCAAUCAAGAUUGGUAUAAAUUCGAGGUAGCAGUAAUGGUUGGCGGCGGUAUUGGUGUUACCCCUUACGCCUCAAUUCUAAAUGAUUUGGUUUUCGGCACAAGUACAAAUCGCUACUCUGGAGUGGCUUGCAAAAAAGUGUAUUUCCUCUGGAUUUGUCCCUCUCACAAACACUUUGAGUGGUUUAUUGAUGUGCUGCGAGAUGUCGAAAAGAAGGAUGUUACAAAUGUCUUGGAGAUUCACAUAUUCAUAACACAAUUUUUCCAUAAAUUCGAUUUGAGAACAACAAUGUUGUAUAUUUGCGAAAAUCAUUUCCAACGUCUCUCCAAAACUUCAAUAUUCACGGGUCUUAAGGCUGUUAAUCAUUUUGGACGUCCCGAUAUGUCCAGUUUCUUAAAAUUUGUUCAAAAGAAACAUUCCUAUGUUUCCAAAAUAGGUGUAUUCUCUUGUGGCCCUCGGCCAUUAACCAAAAGUGUUAUGUCAGCAUGUGAUGAAGUCAAUAAAACCAGAAAACUUCCAUAUUUUAUACAUCAUUUCGAAAAUUUCGGUUAAGAUAUAUUGCGUUGAACCCAGUUCAACUACAGCGCAAUCACCAUCCACACACUCUCAUUUCAAUGUGAAUAUUUUUUUAUUAAUUUUUAAAAUUUAUCUUAGAAAAUAUCCACAAUACUGUUUUCAGGCAUUUCAAUAUUAAAAACAACUAUCUAAAAAGCGAGAAAAUUAUUAUAAAAAAAUAAUUGUUCAUAUGUAUGUAUAUAAUUGAUUUUAUAUGUAUUUAUGUGAAUGUUGUUGUAAAAUAAACUAUUUAGUCAAAUUUA